CUCAAUAAAUUCAAUUACUUACUGGCUACUACUUACUAGGCAAUAAUAGGCAUUGCCUAUUUAGACAUUUAGUAUUUGUGUGCAUGUCCCUACUCCCUUUUUGCCACUGCUUAAAUAUUGCUACUAUUGUAUAAAGUAUAUUAUUAUUUCACAAUCUUUUAUUAUACAAUUAAAAAUUAAUACUGAUCAAAAUCUAUAAUGUGUGACGAUUCAAAUUUGAUGUUAUGCUAUAACCGCGGAUGUGCUGCGAAGUUUGAUCAAGCAAAUAAUACUGAAGAUUCCUGCGUAUAUCAUCCAGGCGACCCUUUUUUUCAUGACGCCUACAAGGGAUGGUCGUGCUGUAAAAAGAAAUGUACAGAUUUUACCGAAUUUCUUAAUAUUAAGGGCUGCACAAAAGGUUACCACAACGGUAAAAAGCCAAUAGAGCCUGAAAAAUAUGUUCCAGAUAAAGAUAACAAGGCUGAUGUUAUUGAAUAUCAUGCCCCAAAACCAGUUUUGUUACCGAGACCAUCAGCUGAUUUGCCAUUGAUAAAUAUUAAGCCGACCAUAUCUUCUGCUCUCUUACAACAAAUAGCUGCUGCUUCUACAAGCAAUGCCAAUGAAAAUGAGACCAUUAGCUUAACAGAAAUUUCAGUUGGUACUAUGUGUAAAAACAAUGGAUGCAAACAGGCGUAUGAAGGUGCUGGAAAAGGGAAUCCUUCAUGUGACUAUCAUCCCGGUGUACCUGUUUUCCACGAGGGUAUGAAAUAUUGGUCUUGUUGUAAUAAAAAGACAUCGGAUUUUAAUGCAUUUUUAGAACAAGUUGGGUGUUCUCAAGGAAAACAUUGUUGGAUUAAAGAAACGAAAAUUCAAGGGCAGACUAAUUGCCGUUUAGACUGGCAUCAGACUGGACCCUGGAUUGUAAUAUCAAUCUUUGGCAAGAAAUAUGACCCAAACACUUCUUUUGUGAAACUGUCUCCAGUAAAACUGUCGGUGGAACUAUACUUCCCUUUUGAUAAUUCAGUGUUUUCUAAAAACAUGGAACUCUAUGGGAUUGUCGAUGUUAAUACAAGCUGUGUGUCCAUGUUGCCCACUAAAGUUGAAAUAAAACUUAAAAAGGCAGAAGCAAUAUCGUGGGGUACAUUGGAAUAUCGAAAGCCUAUAUUUCAAAAUGGUACGAAACUAACUUUUAAUUCUGGAACAAAUGACAAACAGGAUAAUUCAAAUGCCUUUGUUGAAAGUGUUGACCUUGGAGAUCUUUAAUUUAUAAGACUUAUUGGAUUUAAUUUGUAAUUUUUUGAUAAACAUUUAUCAUUUUAAUCGAUAUCUUUCAACCUGAAAUAAAAAUUAUGUUUCUGUAUUAUUUAUUUUUUUUUUUUAUCACAUUUCAUUUUUAUGUUAAAAGAUUAUCCCAGUUAAUGAUGUUUUCUCAUUCUAAAUCAAAUAUUAACUUACACUGCUAUAUAUUUUUCCUUAUUGACUGAAGAUUAUUAUUUUUUUUUUCCUUCAUAAUGUUAAAAUAUUUGUUCGUAAUAUAGAACAGCGAGAUGCCAAUUGGAAAUUGUAA